AUGACGGGCACACAAUCCGUUCAGGUAGCGACGGAGACGUUACCGUCGAGAGUCGACAAGAAACCACUUCUGAGACAUAACGAGGAUAUUCGCUGCCUCGUCACCACUGCGCUGUUCUUCACCGUCUUCUUGCUUACCUGGCAUAACUUCUCAUCGCCCCUCGACGGUGGUCUACUCUCCUUCUCGCUAUGGCUUGCGCUGUUUCAGUUGUCGUUCAUGGGUGCUGUGACGACGCAUAAUGCUAUUCACCUGCCGGUAUUUUGGUCCAAGAACUGGAAUAAGUUUUACCAAGUUUGCUUGUCGCUGCAGUAUGGCGGUGCUGUGUCCAUUUUUAUUCCUGGGCAUAAUCUGUCUCACCACAAGUACCCUCAACAGGCGAGGGAUGUGAUGCGCACAACGAAAGUCCGGUAUAGCUGGAAUCUUUUGAACGGCCUACUAUUCUUCUGGCAUGUCGUCUUAUCCGGCAACAAAGAUGACAAGCUUUACUUCGCAGCCCAAGCCCGCAUGAACCGUCCCAUCGUGAGACAGCGUCAGCUGGAAGAGCUUGCCGUCUGGGGCACAACAGGCGUGCUCCUCCUCCUCGACUGGCGCCGUUGGAUCUGGUUCGCCCUACUACCCCAGUUCUACGCAAAGUACUGCAUUCUCUCACUCAACUUCCUCCAACACGACGGCUGCGACAUGAGCUCCAAGUACAACUUCGCCCGCAACUUCACAGGAAAGACAUUGAAUUACUUGUGCUUUAACAAUGGGUAUCAUACCGUGCAUCAUUUGUACCCUGGAUUGCACUGGUCGAUUCUUCCCGAGAAGCAUGACGAGCUUAUUUCCGCGCAUAUUGCGGAUAGUUUGGAGGAUGAGAAUAUCCUGCUGUACAUGUGGCGCGCUUUCAUCUGGCCCGGUCUGAGGAUCGAUUACAAGGGCAACCCUCUAAUCAUCACGAAGGAGGAGAAUGAGAUGCCGGACGAGCCGUGGUUCUAUACUGAGUCAGAGACGUUUUCGGGUACGAAAGAGUAUCUCGCUCAAGGUAUGAAAUGA